GUGUAUACCAAUUCCCAAUUUUCUCCUCGUUCCGUCGCAAACAAAGAAACCAGAAAACAAAGCAUGAUGGCGUACCUCGACGAGUGCGCCGAAAGCGAGAACCAAAAGACCCUCGGCGACUGGGUGCGGAACUUCCGCGCGAAGCGCCAGAAAAUGCGUCGCAAGUUGCGGGGCGCUGGCAGCGACCUGCGCGUGAACGCCAUCUUGUCGACGGCCCUGUUCCACGCGGAGCACGAGAUGCGGAAGAAGCAGCAGGAGCGCUUCAGCCGCUGGCUGGAGCUCCAGGCCCGCUUCGUGCCCUCCGGCAGGACCCACUGCGCCAGCGACGCGGCCGCCCCCUCGAGCGCCCAGGCCGCCGCGGAGGCCGCCGAGGCGGAGAGCAGUUUGUGGAGCACCGAGCUCAGUAGCCUCGAUACCUUCAUGCGCAGCCUGAGCAGCAGCAACAACGGCCCCAGCAACAACAAGGGCAGCAACAGUUACUCGGCGGACGGCAACAACAACGGCAACCAGCCCAGCUGCGCCAUUGCGGUGGCCAGCUAGAGCGAGACGACUACAGUGGUGCCCCACGCGAGUGUGUGUGCAUACAUACACGCGUGACAAAAUGGUGGCAGGAAGAGAAAA